CGGCUCAGCGCCCUGACGCAAGGGCGCGCUGACGCCGUGAGGUCGCGCUCGACGUGACCCCCCCCCCCCCCCGCACCCGGAAGCGAGGUGCGGUUGCCGGUGACGCCCCCGGUGCCGCUCCCGUCAUGUGAAGCGGUGGGACCGGCUCCCCCAGGCCGCGAUGGAGCCUACGGCCUCGCAGGUAUUCUGUGGGCGGGUGCUGGGCAUGGUCAACGCCGAGGACGUCAACGCGAUCAUCCUGGCCCAGAAAAACAUGUUGGAUCGAUUCGAGAAGACCAACGAGAUGCUCCUCAACUUCAACAACCUCUCCAGCGUCCGCAUGCAGCAGAUGAACGAGCGGUUCCUCCACCACACCAAGACGCUAGUGGAGAUGAAGAAGGACCUGGACAGCAUCUUCCGGAGGAUCCGGACGCUGAAAGGGAAGCUGGCGAAGCAGUACCCGGAGGCGUUCAGCAACAUCCAUGAAUCUCCCAUCCUAGAAGACGACGAUGACUUUGACCCCGUCCCAAAAAGCACGACAACCACCAUCGCUACCUCUGAGCAGAGCACAGAGUCCUGCGACACCAGCCCUGACAUCAUCUCUCCCACCACGAGUCAGGAUUUUGAGGAUUUAUCCCAAGGCCAGUACGAUUUGCCGGCCGUGAACGGACAGAGUCUCACAGAUGAAGACACGGCCAAUGACCUGGACUAGGUGUGCAGGUCCUGCGCUGCUGCCACCUGCCCCCGGAGAACUUUCUAUCCUGUAUUUAUAUUUGUGUGUUUCUUUUUUUUUUGGGAAGAGGGAAGCGAAGGCUGAGAGAAGCGAUGGCCGAGUGAAGAAGGGUGCCCUUCUGCCUCUAAACUGCCACCGUAGUGUAAACCCCACAACUCGCUUCGGGGUAAAUAAGUAAAACACGGGUUUGAAAUGCCUCUUGUCCCUUCUUGUUUGUCAGGAGAGCGGCAAAACCUCACCUUUGAUGUAGACUUUGGUGCAGAAGAGCCGUUUGGGGGCACAGGUGUCUUUUUUUCUUAAGGAAUGUUGUUUCUGGGGCUCAUGUACGUGUGCCCCAGCGCUCCGGCUUUCCUGCGGGUCUGUCCGUGCUGCUAAGGGCUAUCUCCCCAUGGUUGCUGUGUUUCUUGCCUGUGAGAAGAGCUGGAGACGGGUUUCCCUUUAGUUCUCUCCUCACUCUGGGUCAGUGUGGCUGUGCAGGGCAGGGGCAUAGCGGCCUGCUCCCUCCCUGGCUUCUCACAGUGCCCGGGGGCUUGGCCU